AUGGAGUCAAUUUAUAAAACUUUAAAACCUUUGGCAAACAUUUAUUUGAUUGCAUUGAUAUGGUUUUUGACAUUUAUGAAUUUCUAUUCAUGUUUAAAACCUAUAAAAGAUUAUGCUACAACAACAGGUUUAAAAACAACACCAAAAAUUUUAGAUGAAUUAUAUUAUUAUACACCAGACGAAGGUUAUCAAAUAUUAACUGCUUUAGAUAUUGGUGGACGAAAUGCUUAUCGCAUCACAAAUUCAUUUGAUUUUAUCUUACCAAUAUUAUUAUUUCUUUCAUUAUCCUUACCUAAUAUUGCUUUAGGAGAAAGAUGUCACUGUCUCAUUAUGCCAUUUGCUUAUAUGAUAUCAGAUUAUAUUGAAAAUAUUGCUGAAAGAUAUGUUUUGGAAAUUUAUCCAAAACGAAAGAUUCAAAUGAAAUAUCAAAUCUAUUUUGAUCAUGUUCGUCUGAUAAAGAAAAAGACUUUCCAUAAAGUUUAUAACUAG